AUGCCAGUCUGUUCCGCUCUUCAUAAAACUGGAAACUCCUUUGCUAAUGGAUACUUUUCCCCGAUCGCAGCCUCGCAACUGUCCGAAAAUUUUGGCUCUACCGUUUGCUGCCUUUGUUUAGGAGUUCAUCUUCGAUCGACACACCCUGCGUGUAACUCUGGCCAGAGUCGAUUUUGUCGUGCUGCCAGCGGUGAAAUCUGCCCCCACAGCACCAGCACUAGCAGCAUUCCCACAAUCCCAGCCUCUACUUCAGCUUUCACAAACAUGCACAUUUGUCCACUACUCCUGUCCUGUGCUUCUUCGUCUCCCGUCCACAUGUGCCACUGUUCAAAUCCACCAUCUUCAGUCGAAAUCAACCCGCAUUUGGAACCUUUUCGCAGGCUAACUCACUGUCAUCAUGCCCCUGCCGUGCAGCACAACUUGCAUCAAUGCCAUAGAAAGCAACAGCAUCAGCUACAUUCGCCCGAGCAAGAGCAGCCUGCCAACUACACUUUUUGCCCCGGCUCUUCGGCUGCGAUCGCCGAUCUGGAUGCGUACAGUGAACUGAGCCAUCGGCCCUCUUCGCAAGAUGACGACGGUCUUUCCGGUCUCGAGUCUCCACUGCCCAGUGGCACUGCUUUCGACGCUGCCAGCGUCGUGGUUGCACCCACGUCCGACUUGGCAUUCCCCGUUGGACAGUUGGUACUGGCUCGUGAGCGUCGUCGUUCCUUUAGCACGCCUGAGGGCGUUGCUUUGCUGAAUGCUAGCACCGAAUCUGGCACGAUCGCCUCGCCACUCUUUACCGCAUGCUUUCGCCCCACUCCUCAAGCCAACACCACUGCUACCACUGUGUCAUUGUCAGCCUCUAUCGCUGGUCAAGUUCACUACGACGGAGUAUAUCCCCAAUUGGUCAAGUCUACCGAUGCUCAUCUGUUGCCAGGCCAUUCAAUCGCUGAACUUCCUGCUCAUACCUUAUUCUCCUCCUCCUGCUUCAACUCGUCCUCUUCCUCUUCAUCAGCAUCCCCAUCUCCGCCCUCAGCCUCCUCUUGUCUCUUCGCACCGAGUGAGACGACUCGACAUAAACACUCGCCCGACCCAACAAUUGGUCAUCCUAUUCCUACUGCCCCAGUGCCGGCAUCUGUGCCCUCGUCUGUUCUACUCUCUUCCCUCUCGCCACCAGCCUUGAUCAACUCUCCUUCAGAAUCAUGCAUCGGCAUGCAUAUACUUCGCCGUCGAGACCGACAUCAUCAGUUGUCUGGCCCACCUCCAGCCUCCGCGACAACUGCUUUUAAGACAGAAACUUCUUCCACCCUAUUGCCACCAUUGGACUCACUGGGAACUUCUGUGAGUUGGGCGUCUAGUAGUUGCUCCUGCGUCUGCUCAGCUGUCAAGGCUGGCAGUGGCGUCUGGCCCGGAACUGUCGGUUCAGGCUGUGAACAGAUCGCCUGUGAUGUUGCAAAACCUCGGCUAAACAAGUGCCCAGAUUUCCAUUCUUGCAUUGCUUGUGAUUCAGGUCAGAUAUACGCUUGUCCAUCAUGUUCGGCUGCUGUAACCGGUCUGGCUAAGCCCAUUCAUUAUCUGCAAACUAACUUGCAGUGCCGCCAGACACAGUCGCAUUCACAAAGUCGAGAAGAACAUCGGCAACCUAAUGAAACCGUGCUAAACUUGAGGCAUUCUUCAAGAUCAACCUCUGCAGUACAGCCUCUGUGCAGUAGUCAUUCCCAGCGGGUGUCGGAGAAGGCAAAUGAAUCUCCUCAAGCAGACGCAUCAGAGGUUCCUCUUUGCAGUCCAUCAAAACGGUGCCCGGGGCUGAUGCAAACGACCAUCUUUCCACGGGUUUAUGCCACCUUGGAUGCUGUUGGAAGGGGGGAUGGUGUAACUAGUCCUCUCAUGGCUUGUAGCCAUGUUCAGCUUCACCAUCCUCAUCAUCAUCAUCACCCUCAUUGGAAUCACCCACGGUGUCCGCAUAGGCCUUAUCAGGAGGUCAGAGAGGCCGAAAUGAAACUUCAAGAGGCCGAAGCUGUAAUUGCCACUGCAAAUGCAGCAUUGCCACUUCGACGGCCAGUUUCUAAGGCAGGAGCUGGUCCAUCCAAGGUGCCGCAAUCCACAAUGUCGGCAGCAACAUCUGCAACUGCACCGCUCGGGGGCGCUUUUUGGCCCGUUAGUCCUUAUUUGUCGAUGCCAUUCCACCACAUGGCGGCUUCAACGACAGUGCAAACUAAACUGCCAAUGGUGCGUAGAAAAACUAGGUUUUUGACAAUAUCUUAA